CCAUCAAGAGCCACGGUAUUUAGUAAACAUUUAUCGAGUAGUCCAUUUAAUUGACUUAAUUGGCCACAGAUGGCCAGCGACAGUGAUAAAGGCCAGCAGAAAUCAGCCAUGCCCGCCAAGAGACUGUCAGCAACAGCGCCGCCUGUUGCUGCAGCGGGCGCCAACAACAACAGCAAUGGAGCAACUGGUGAUGCUGCCUCCCAGAAUAAAAUGAUGAAUGGCAUGACGAGGUUGACGCCAGCCAGGGACUUGACCCUGGGCGGACGGGGUGCCAGUAAGAAGGUCUUUGCUCCCAAUUUAAAUGCUGUGCGCAACAAGAAUACGAAUGUGAAGACGUCCAAGGACUUUACACAGCCACGCGGAGGUCGUGGAAGAGGAGCACGUGGUGCAGGGGCAGCUCGAGGACGAGGCGGGGCAGGAGGAGGAGGCAACUCGUCGCUUAUACAAACAACCGGCGUCUUCUCGGAAGGAGCCGGUGCGGUGCAUUUACGCAAAUCCUCGAGCGGCGGAUCGGCCUAUGCGAGGGCAGGCGAAGAAGUUGCAGUAUCGCGUAAGCGCACAGAUCGCAAAGAUGACAAGUUCCAGGAUCAGCGAGUGCGGGAACUGAUCGGAGAGGCAAGUGAUGACGAUGAAGCCGAUAGUGAUAACGAAACGGAGCUGAACAAGACUGAUUUGACCUACAAGCCGAUAAUGCUGAGCGAAGGACUCUGGCACAGCCAAAAACACAGCGUUAAAGAGGAAAGCGCAUCCAUUCCAAAUCUCAAGCCCAAAAAGGAGGAAUCGCUAGAUAUAACACAGGAUCUGCAGAGCCUGCACAUGGCUGCUCAAUCCGGUCUGGAAGAACCUCCAGCACAAUAUGGACGUUAUCCCCGCAGCAUUGGCGCCUUUCUCGAAGCGACGCAGUCGCAAAUCUUUGUCAUGCAAUUACCCAACGUGCUUCCCUGUGUGACAGACGAUGCUGACGAUGUACCCGCUGCCAAAGAACAGCCAGCGCCGAGUACAUCAACGGAUCGUUCUAACAGCCCCAUUCCCUCAACCACAGCAGUUAAUGCGCCCAAGCACAGUGUGUUACACCAGCUGGAGGAGGGGCAGAUUGGCAAGAUACUGCGCUACAAAUCGGGACGUGUUAAACUGUUGCUGGGCGACACACGUUUUGAUCUAGACAUGGGCCUGGAAUCAGGUUUCCUGCAGGAACUCAUGUCAGUCAGCAGCAAUCGAGAACAGCGCAGCGGAGACAUGAUCAAUCUGGGCACCAUCCAGGCCAAGCUGAAGGCCACUCCCGACUGGGUGCAUCUCUUUGAGCAGCAGGAGAAGGCGACGCGGCAAGCAGCUCCGGCAAGUGGCAUCCAAGCUGCAUCCUCUACAUAGCAGACGGUCUUCUUCAGCUCUUUGCCUUUGACUUAGUUUAGUUUAGGAGCGAAAUUAAUUAUAAAUUAUUUAACUCUAUUGGUUAUGAGAAAAUGCUCUUUAAUAUACGAGUAACAACAAA